UUUAUAUAGGUUUAUACAGAGUGUUUGCUUAUGUAUUUUUAUAUGGGUUGUUUAUAUAUGGGUUUAUACGGGGUGUUAUAGGUUGAUAUGGGCUGUUUAUAUAUGGGUUUAUAUGGAGUGUUUAUGUUUUUAUGUCGGGUGGCUAUAUAUAUUUUUAUAUGGGGUGUUUAUCUGUUUUUAUAUGGCAUAUUUGUAUGGAUAUAUAUGGGGUGUUAUAUGGGGUUUUUAUAUGGGGUGUUUAUAUGGGUCUCUAUGGGGUUUUUAUAUGGGGCGUUUAUUUGGAGUGUUAGUGGUCCGGUCCCUAAACUGUGCUCUUUAAGGGAAUGUUGGACUUCAGCUCCCAGAAUCCCAGAAUAAGACUGAAGGGAAGAUUGUAACUGAACAAGAAAAUGGCUUUGUGUGCAAAUGGUUUUGUUUUGCUCCUUGCUAGGGAAUUCUGGGAAUGAUUUUGUUUGCAAAUGGUGUGUUGAUUUGUUUUAUAUUUAAAUAAAAUUCAUUUUUUAAAAAAUUGUUAAAAUUAAACAGUGAAAACUUCACAUACAAAAACAAUGUAAAAUUACAAACAUUAAGACCACAAUAUUAAUAAAAACAAUUAUUCUCUUGCAUAUUGCUUAUUCUAUACCUUUACCAUCUCUAGAACCAUCUUUCCCAUAUUGACUACUCUAGACUUUCCUAUCUCUAGGGGCAUUUUCCACAUAUUGGUUGCUCUAUUCUUUUCCUAUCUCUAGAUGCACCGCCGCUUCCGGUUUCCUCGCCGCCUGCUUCUCUCUAGACUGAGUGGCUGAGGCUUCCGCGCAUGCGCAGAUGAAGGAAGCGCUGGCCAAGGCUGGAGCAGGUGAGAGUGAUGCCUGCAGAGCAGAAAGGAGGUGCUGCCAGGCCACAGACAACGAGGCAACAGAAUGGAGUCCAAGUCUGGCAGCCAGGCUUCUCGGUUGUUCAGGUCAGCCGUAUACACAUUCCUCUUAGGAGGCACCUUUAUUGCCUUGGGGUCAAGUCGUAUCCUUCUGAUGAAAUACUCUGCUAAUGAAGAUAAUAAAUAUGAUUACCUUCCUGCAACUGUAAAUGUGUGUUCAGAACUGGUUAAAUUGGUUCUCUGUCUGAUUAUGGCACUUUGGGUAACUAGGAAAGGAGGAUAUUCUCAUGGUGGAUUUGGCUGCAGCUCCUGGAGACAGUUGUAUAGCUACAUUAAGUGGUCAAUUCCUGCCUUCCUUUAUUUUCUGGAUAACCUGAUUGUCUUCUAUGUAUUGUCCUACCUCGCACCAGCCAUGGCUGUAUUGUUCUCAAAUUUUGUCAUCAUAACAACGGCUCUCCUGUUCAGAAUUGUGCUGAAGCGGCAAGUCUCCUGGGUACAGUGGGCAUCUCUGCUGAUUUUGUUCCUGUCUAUUGUAGCCCUGACUACAGGGACAGGAAGUGACAAAAAUAGUUUGGCUGUGCAUGGUUUUCACCAUGACAUCUUUUUCAGCCACUCAAACAGCUGCUUGCAGUAUACCAGGCCGGAGGAAGAGUGCUGGGGAAGUGAGAACUGUACAACAAGGUGGUCUUUCCCCAGUUUCAGCUGGAAUGUCACCGCUGCCACAGGCACUUCAAGAACAGUUCGACUUGGCCUGGGACAUUUGCUGAUACUAGUACAGUGCUUCAUCUCUGCCAUGGCCAAUAUCUACAAUGAAAAAAUAUUGAAAGAAGGAGGUCAGUUCAGCGAAAACAUUUUUGUACAAAACACCAAGCUAUACCUCUUUGGAGCUAUGUUUAAUGGCCUGAUGCUGAGCCUGCGUCCUGAAAACAGGCGCCGCAUAGAAUACUGUGGCUUCUUCUAUGGCCACAAUGCCUUCUCUGUGGCCCUUAUUUUUGUCACUGCCUUUUUGGGGCUGUCGGUGGCUUUCAUUUUGAAAUUCCGGGACAACAUGUUUCAUGUUCUGACCGCCCAAGUUACCACUGUCAUCAUCACUACAGUGUCUGUCUUUGUUUUUGAUUUUAAACCUUCUCUUGAGUUCUUCCUGGAGGCUCCUGUAGUACUUUUGUCCAUAUUUAUCUACCAUUCCAGCAGCCCUCGAUCUGUGGAAUAUACAGCUCAAUGGGAGAGGAGCAAACUCAGUGGAGGUGCAUGGGAGCGCUCCAGUGGGGAUGGAGAAGAACUUGAGAGACUUAACAAGCCGGACAGUGAUCACGAUUCGGAGGAAGAGGCCUUAUAGGAAGGUUUGGAUUCUUGAAGUCCAGGUGCACCUCCUGUCAAAUUUUGCAAUUUGAAAUGUGAAGACAGGGAAAUUUGAUGGACAAGUAGAACAGACUUCUGUCUUAUUUUCUUGCUAAGUUGGGAUUUUACUUGUUUUUCAUCAAGCUGUGCUAGACAGUAAACAUCUCUGUGUUAAUGGAGGAUAAAUUAAUGGAAGAUGAAGAAUAAUGGAUGAUACGGUUAUCACUGGCUACUGGUCAUGAUACUAGCACAUACUGCCUCCAUGAUCAAAGACAGCGCAUCACUAAAUGCUGGGAAGUAUUUUUAUGCUGUGAAGUGACAAUGGGAGAGAGCAAUCACCAUCAUAUCCUGCUUGUGAACUUUCCAUCAGUACCUUUUCCCUGUGUUAUGUCUUUGGCCUGGUCUGGGAGGGGGUGUUUUUAUGGAAUGAGUCCCAUUAAAAUCAAGAUUUUCUGCUACAGUAAAAUGACCACUACAGAAUAGAGUCCAGAAGGCUUUGGAUACAGAGAAAUAACAGUUUCAACUACAUACAUUAAGACUAUUGACUCUUUGGCACCCUUAUAAGACUGCUGACUCUUUUACAACUUUGGUGUUGGGGCUGAACAAGAUACCUAAGGAGCAAAUAGAUAGAUGGGGCCAUCAAGGUACCCUCUUCUAACAUUCCAAAAGUACAUUUCUCAAACUGUAUUUGAACUUUUGUAUGCCAUAAAGAUACAAGGAUGAAGUGAUUACAUUUCAUCACAUAUCAGGAGUGUUUUGCCUAUUAAGCAUUACUAAACUUGUCUUUGCCACUAUGUGUAAAUGCUGAUGGAAGCUAUUGCAGUCUAUGGCUUUUGUUGGUUAAUACCUCUAUGAUUUGCUCAAUUAAAAAUGUGCACUCCUCACAUGCACAAUUGUGUAUUUUGAUGUGUAUGCCACUUGUUUAAUAGCCGCAGCAUAGAAAUGUAACAUUUGAAGUAGCCCCUGGUUAUGGAUAUGGUUGCUAUACAAUAGCCAACACCAUACACAUUGCUCAUUGAAUAAGCUGAAAGGACUGUAAAGUUCUGGGUUUUACAAUGCAUUAUUGUUUCUCCAUAUACUUAAGCACAAAAGCCAUCAUUUGGCAAUCUAGUAUUCUUCCACUAAAAUAAUUUAAAGUGUACAACAGUUCGUUCAAGAGUACCUUUCCUAUCUCAGUACAGCUGGGAUUCUAAAGUCAUUAUUGGUAUAUAGACAUUAAUGUUGUUAAACACAAACCUCCCCAACUGUCCUGUGCUGAAAAACACAGCAACAAGAUUGGCCUUGCUGAAUACCAUGCAAUGCAUAAUAUUUUACAAACUUUGCUGUUCACACAGAAAGGUGCUUCAGUCAAAAUGGUGUCAAACUGUGUUUUCCAAAAGAAUUGUGGCUUACCCUGAGCAAAUUAGACAUGGCAAGGUAGUCAGAAAUUAUAAUCCAUACGUAAAAGCGAAGUAGAGUCAUAUACUUUUCUCAGGAUAUACUGUAGACAUUGGAAGUAGCACAGUCCACACCUCAUCUAGAAAGAGUUUCUGAUACAGGUUACAUUAAAAAUGCCAGUAGCUCAUUAAAGAAAUACAGUAUCAUCUUCCCUAGGAAUUCUGCAUUUGGAGAGGCAUUUGCAAAGCAUGUUGUCCCUUUAGUUUGCCACUUGAAAUGGCAACCUGGAGUGCCUUCAAAUUUGGUAUUGGCUUUAUCAGUACUAUUGACUUUAUUGAUACACAAAUCUGACUUUUAUCCUCUGAGUAUGUUCUUAAUAUCUUUGAUGCAAGUGGUACAUCCAUCUGUGUAUGUGUUGCAACCAGAGCUUGGCAUAUUUAUUUAUUUAUUUAUUUUUGGUGUACAGUUCCUCACAUAGCUCAGAACACAUGCUUAGUGUCCAUGCUGGCUGAAUAAUUUUUAAAUCCAAAAUAAUAACAAUGUGCCAAACUCUUGAUUCCAAGUGUGUAAAAAUACAGCAAAGGAGACAAAAUAGACCAGGUAGGAAAAAUGACAAAAACAGUUGUAGUAACAUAUUCUAAAAUUUGUAAUAAUGCAUGCAGCUGUUUUGGUAUAUAUGAUUAGCGAACAUAAUGUUUUAUAAGUGAACUUCCAUCAGUUUUGAAGGCAAGGAAGUGUAUAAUGGAAAUAGGGAGUCUGGCUAAAGCUAUAAGCAAUUGAGUAGCUAAAUCCACAUUUGUUCAAGAGGUCAAGGCAGAAAUGUUAUCUAUCUUGCAGAAGUCUUGUGAAGUAGCAUGCUUGAAAAAUAUUAACAUAAACACUCCAGUACUAUUCUAACAAUUCAAGGUGCUGCUUCUAAUUGCACAGAUAACACAUAUCUGUCUUAAGUGUUGGGAGAAAAGUCCAGUUUUAUUGGCUAGUUCUGAUUGUUCUACAACACACCUGAAUGGAGCAUCCAUUUGACCCUACUUUUAAUAAUAAGUUUUAUUUAUAAACCGCUUUUCCGCAGUGAUCAAAGCGGUGUACAGAUAGAAAUUGCAAUGACAGAAUAUAAAGUGCAGACUAAAAAUUACAAUACAUAAAUAAAACUUUUUACCUAAUUGUUUCUUCAAAAAUUCUGUCAGAAAUAAGAAUUUAUUUCUGGCAUAAGAUUAACUUUGAAUGUGUUUUUAUUUAUAUUGACAUUGGACUUAAUUUUGCUUUACUGUGUGUUUUUAAAAAACAUAGCCUGAUGAUUAUUGAAUAAAUGUAAUGUUUGCUGUAACAGAAUCUGAACUUUUACCAGUUUCUUAAAAAUAUAUACUGUAAUGCAUUUGCUGAGGAACUCUAUCAGAUCCCACUACCUGUGCCUGAGAUUAAAUCAAUAUGGGAUACUUUUUUGUUCUGUAUGAAUUUUUCUUACUUUGCAGACUAGUAUGCCACAGAAUCAAAUAAACUACCAUCUGUGGGGAAAAAUGAAUUAGUUUUGUGAUUAUUUUUUUAUAUAUGUGAG